AUGAAGUUACGUGCUUUAGAGAACAAUCAUACCUGGACUGUCGUUUCUCUUCCACCAGGCAAGAAAUCAAUUGACUGUAAAUGGGUGUACAAGAUCAAAUAUAAGGCCGAUGGAUCCAUUGAACGGCACAUGGCAUGCCCUGUUGCCAAAGAUGUGAAUCAAUCAUUGGUUCAGUUCUUUGAAAAGCUGUCUGCUGGCAACGUUCAAGAUGGAUGGGGUUGGAACAUGAAUUCAGACCCUUGCGCUGACAAAUGGAUUGGAAUUAAAUGUGAUUCGAAGUCGAGAUUCGUUAGGAAAAUAGUUCUUGAAGAGAUGAAUCUUUCAGGAAUUCUUGAUGCUGAUUCUCUCUGCAGAACAACUUCUCUUGUUCACUUGAGCCUUAAAGGCAACAAUAUUACUUCGUCAGUGCCUAAAGAGUUGGGAAACUGCAAAGGUCUAACUCACUUGUAUUUAAACAGGAAUCACUUCUCAGGUAGUCUUCCUGACUCUCUAUCUCUGUUAAGUAAUUUGAAGAGGCUUGAAAUAGCAGACAACAAAUUUUCUGGUGAGCUUCCUGCGGAUCUUCUGCGAAUUUCAGGCUUGAUUACUCUCUUUGCAGAAAAUAAUGAGCUUUCUGGAAGGAUACCCAACUUUGAUUUCUCUGAUCUUGUGCAGUUCAAUGUCUCUAACAACAAUCUUAGUGGCCCAAUUCCUGAUGUCAAAGGCAGAUUAACUGCAGACAGCUUUGCAGGAAAUCCAGGACUGUGUGGUCCUCCACUCCCAAUUGAAUGUCCACCAUCUGCUUCAACUCCAAAAGACAAGCCAAAAAGCUCAUCGUUGGAUCGUUUUCUGAUCUAUAUAGGCUACAUAAUUCUCGUAGCGAUUGUUGUGGUGUUCCUUGUCUUUAAAUUAGUGGGUAAGAAGAAGUCCAAGUAUGCUGGAGAAUUUGCUUAUGGCAUCUCACUUUUAGCUUCUAAUGGUUAUGAGAAAGCUCUAUUUGCAGAUUCCUAA